AUGGUGGAUUAUGCGCACUGGUCUGCAGGCUCUGUCUGUCUACUGGUGCCUGUGCUGGUGCCUGUGCUGGUGCCUCUGUCGGUGCCUGUGCCGGUGCCUGUGCCUGUGCCUGUGCCGGUGCCUGUGCCGGUGCUUCUGCCGGUUCCUGUGCCGGUGCCUCUGCCGGUGCCUCUGCCGGUGCCUGUGCCGGUGCCUGUGCCGGUGCCUCUGCUGGUGCCUCUGCCGGUGCCUGUGCCGGUGCCUGUGCCGGUGCCUGUGCCGGUGCCUGUGCUGGUGGCUCGCGUCCACUUUGUGGGCACCUGCCAUCCCACACUCUCACCUCCUGCUGCGAGAGGGAGAGCUCCUUUAGACAAAGUGCUCGGCCCUCAUUGUGGCCUGCUGCUCUCUGCGACACUGGGGAGCAACCUGCAGCUCGGGAGCGACCUGCAGCUCGGGAGCGACCUGCAGCUCGGGAGCGACCUGCAGCUGGGGAGCGACCUGCAGCUCGGGAGCGACCUGCAGCUCGGGAGCGACCUGCAGCUGGGGAGCGACCUGCAGCUCGGGAGCGACCUGCAGCUGGGGAGCGACCUGCAGCUCGGGAGCGACCUGCAGCUCGGGAGCGACCUGCAGCUCGGGAGCGACCUGCAGCUGGGGAGCGACCUGCAGCUCGGGAGCGACCUGCAGCUGGGGAGCGACCUGCAGCUCGGGAGCGACCUGCAGCUCGGGAGCGACCUGCAGCUGGGGAGCGACCUGCAGCUCGGGAGCGACUUGCAGCUCGGGAGCGACCUGCAGCUCGGGAGCAACCUGCAGCUCGGGAGCGACCUGUAG